AUGCCGCGCGUUCUCAUGGAAUCCACCCAGCACUUGGCCUCUGCACCGGUGGAGGGUCCGCCGGCGCCCCCUCCGCAGUCGUCGGCCUCACCGCCGCCAACAGCAUUGUCACCUCCUCCGCCGCCCACGCCGUCGCCGCCCAAGUCCCCGCCGCCGUCUUCCUCGCCUCCUCCUCAAUCCGUGACGAAGGCGCCUCCCCAGUCGCGGCCGCCGGAGAAGGCCCCUGCAGCGUCCUCCCCUCCGCCCGUUUCGCCUCCUCCGCCGACAAGCCGGUCACCUCCACCCUCUUCUCCCCCGCCAUCUUCACCUCCGCCAUCUUCACCUCCGCCGUCGCCUGCGUCUUCGACGACACCACCGUCGCCUGAGGCCUCGAGAUCGCCGUCUCAGCAAUCACCUCCGCAAGCCACGACUUCGCCACCGGCGUCGCCACCACCUUCGCAACCAGUGAACCCCGCGCCAGCCACCCCGACCCCUUCGCCUCCUUCCAUUCCGGCGGCAGCCUUGAAACCUCCACCGCUUGCAACGCCUGGAACGCCCACUUCGGUCCCGGCCGCCGCAGGUCAGGCGACGCCAGCGGCUCCAGGGACACCUCCGUCUGCCUCACAGUUGCUGCCUUCAGGCGUGACGGUUCCCCCCGGUCCCACCGUCGCGACCGCCGGAUCGCUUCCCGCUGGCACGUGGCAGAGCCCUCCCGGUCCCGCCGUCGCUGCCGCGAGCCCGCCGCCUCCGGCACCUCAGGCUCAGGCUAGAGACUCAGGUGCCAACGUGCCGAUCGGGGUGAUCGUUGGGGUAGCCGUGGCAGGUUUCCUCCUGGCACUGGCCUCGCUUUUCAUGGUGGUGUGGGUGAGCAACCGGGGCAAGAGUCGGCGUCCACCCAUGCGCAAGAGAACCGUCGUCGUGCCGGCAAAUGCUACGUCGCCGGACGUGUACCCUCCGUCGAACGGGCCGAGCGACACGAGCUCGUACGAGUACUCCGGCUCCAAGUCGUGCUUCACGUACGAUGAGCUGGCGGCUAUCACCGGCGGCUUCUCGGCGGAGAACGUGAUCGGCGAAGGCGGGUUCGGGAAGGUGUACAUGGGCGCGCUGGGCGACGGGCGGCGCGUGGCGGUGAAGCAGCUCAAGGUGGGCGGCGGGCAGGGGGAGAAGGAGUUCCGCGCCGAGGUGGACAUCAUCAGCCGCAUCCACCACCGCCACCUCGUCACGCUCGUCGGCUACUGCGUCACCGAGAACAACCGCCUCCUCGUCUACGAGUUCGUCUCCAACCACACGCUCGAGCACCACCUGCACGGGAAAGGGCUUCCGGCGAUGGAUUGGUCGAAGCGGAUGAAGAUUGCGAUCGGAUCGGCCCGUGGAUUGACCUACCUGCACGAAGACUGCCAUCCUAGGAUCAUACACCGGGACAUCAAGUCGGCCAACAUUCUCCUGGAUGACGCCUUCGAGGCAAAGGUUGCGGAUUUCGGUCUUGCUAAGCUGACCAACGAUGCUAUGACUCAUGUCUCCACGCGUGUGAUGGGCACAUUCGGGUAUAUGGCACCGGAGUACGCAUCAAGCGGGAAGCUGACGGACAGAUCCGACGUGUUUUCGUUCGGAGUGGUGCUCUUGGAGCUUAUCACUGGGCGGAAGCCUGUAGAUUCAUCUCAACCCCUCGGAGAAGAAAGCUUGGUUGAAUGGGCUCGGCCUCUGUUGGUGGACGCCUUGGAGACGGACGACUUCAGGGAGCUCGCUGACCCUGUACUGCAGUCCAGGUACUCCAAGACUGAGAUGCGAAGGAUGGUGGAGGCAGCUGCCUCUUGCAUUCGUCACUCUGUCACCAAGAGACCAAGGAUGGUGCAGGUUUGGCGAUCGCUGGACGUGGACGGCAGCUCGAUGGACCUGACCAACGGCGUCAAGCUCGGGCAGAGCACGGCGUACGACUCCGGCCAGUACUCGGCCGACAUCGAGCACUUCCGGCGGAUGGCGUUCGAGGCCGACCUCGAGACCGCGGAGUACGGCAUCUCGGACGAGGAAGACCACCGCGCUGCUGGUUCCGGGAGGCAGGAACGGAAAACAGCCGGAAAAUGA